CCAAAACACACACCAAGAGGACAAGGAACAGUUUCGAUAAGAAAUGUUUGCUACCAGGUAUCUUUCGCUCAUCGCAGUUGUCUUCGCCCAACUCAAAGCGAAUGGUAAGCUAAUUAUCUUUCCAAAAAUGCUACACCUUUUUCGUCAGGUUGUCUAAUCACGAUGUAAAUAGAGCAAACUUUUCCAUGUUCUCUGUUCUGCGCUUAAACAAAGUUGCAACGCAGUUGUGUCAUUGCUAGAAAUUUAGUGUAUAUUAUGAUCGCAGUUACAGACCACAGAUUAACGGGUUCUAAAGUUUUUCCUUUGGUGAUACCGAUGCACAGGUAAAAAGCACAGAACGGUGCAAAAUGCGUGUUACUUUCUUGUAUGAGGGAAGUUCGCACGCAAGCCCGAAUUUUUGGCACGAUUUUCAGAGAGCUGCUACUUGUAAUUACCGAGUAAGGCAGUUUAUUUAUCAGGGCACAUUGCUACCCGUUUGAAGCAAACAGUAAUCGAUGGCUAUGUCUUGUGAUUAAAUUUAUAUCUACAUGAAACCUUGCGUGGCAAAAGUUUCAGUGUAUAAAUAAUCGAUUUCUUUUUUGCGUGAGGAAUUGAAAUGCGAUGCCAUCCACUUUAACUUUGUGGAUUUGCACAAUCACUUCAGUGGAGCAAAAUCGUAUUUUCACAACUUUCUUCGUUUCCUUAACCCCGUUUUCAAAACCUGAGGAUUUCAGUUUUCCAAUUUCUGAACAAAAUCAGGUUAUUUAAAAGACAAAAAAACUGAAAACAUGGAACACAUCAAAUUUUAUCAAAGAAACAUUUAAAAACGAGAGCAAAAGAAAAACGCGAAAAAAGGAUCCAAGGAGUAAUGUUUCUCAGGCAACAGCCAUGAUUGUUUGUUGACAUUCUGCUCAAAAUUUGCAUUUUACAUCUAAUAGUCAAGCCGAAAGCCCAUUGUGUCAAAAAAACGGCUCUAUAUUUCUGAGAGGUUUAUCACAUCGGUCGAAAAAUUCUUGUGCCAAGAGUUCUCUUUGACGUGCUUCUCUCUGUGUCGUUUCGCUGCUUUUCGUUGGUUUUUGCAGUAAGCCAAUAUCUGAAAAGCUCUCAUCAAAGCCUUAGUUACUACCAUUUAAGUGGAAUGCAGUUAACAGUUUAACAUAGUGAAUUUUCUCCCCAAGGGAAUGAUGAUGAAUGAAAUACAAGAAAAAGCGUUCAUAAUUACUUUUCAUACCAUUACUGUAAUUACUUAAUCAUAACAAUGUUUAAAGGGAUAAUUUCUUUUACAACCGUAUUAAGCAGAUCUUAAAAAAUUAAAGCUGUCUCUCGUUUGAUAGAGAUAUUGAUCGAGACUUACGAGACGACAUUGAUCGAGUUUCAUGUACAAUGAUAUCGCUGAAAGAUUGUUAGCCAUGUCGGCAACUUCUAAUACUAAUGUCACGAAAUAAGAAGCGAAGGAGCUCGAGUAAAUUCAAAGGAAAACUGUCUCUUAUUUAUCUAAGCACAUCUAUAACAAUCAUCCUCGAGUGCCUGAUGAAAAUAAGACAUAAAAUAGCAAUGUCGACCUCAAGACAUGAAAGAGAAGUAAGAAAUUUUCAUACCCAGAAAAUAUCGCAGAACUGUUGGUAAAAAAGCUCCAUACCAUAUUUCUGGCUUCAUACCAUAUUUCUUUUUGUAACAGAGGCAGCCAUCCCGCCAUUUAAAGAUCAAUGUAUAAAGUGGCAUAAUAUCUACCGAGAAAAACAUCAGGUAAAUAUUGAUAAACCCUUAACACCCCAACAUCAGCACCCAUAUUCUCCAAACUGUUCUCUAUAAAUUUCCUUGGUUCUAGCGAGGAGAAUUUGCUUAAAAAUCACAUCCUCUUAGGUUGGCGAUCGUGUCUAUUAUUCUCAUGAUCUUGAUAAAUUAUUCAGAAGUAUUGCUGUCAGGAAAAAUUAUGCAAUGGUAACUCUUAGGGUUUACAGUGUUAAGAGAACUGUACAGAAAACGUUAAAAAAUUAAGAUCACAUCUACGAACUGAUUUACCAGAAGGGUGUAGAACUAAAAAUAUAAGGGGGUAAUUUCCUAAAGAAACUGUGGCGCUCCGUCGCUGAAAGAGUAUAACAAGAUAAUUUAGCAUUAUCAACUGAGUUGAUAACGUAAAUUGGCCACCGUAAAGAGUUUCAAAACUGACUGUUUCGAGCGUUAGCCCUUCGUCAGAGCGAAUGGAGGCUCUGGCGAAGGGCUAACGCUCGAAACGUCAGGUUUGAAACUUUUAUAGCUGGGAUAUUGACCCUUGGGUAUUCCGGUUUUUUUUGUUGUUGAAAAAAAUUACCUUAUUGCAUCAAACUGAAAUUUAGGGACUCAGAUACUACUUUAAAACAUAGGUCGACCCUGUGACGUGGGAUGACACUCUUGCCAAUGGAGCUCAAAGUUGGGCAAAUUAUUUAGCGCAAAAUAAUUUGUUUAAACAUGCGCCUGGAAUUCAGCCAGGAGAAAAUCUAUACCUGUCCGGCUCUCCUCUGCCAGAGGAGCCCUGUACUGAGGCAACACAGCUGUUCUACGGAGAAAUUAAAGAUUAUGAUUUUGACAAGCCUGGAUUUUCAAUGAGUACUGGGCACUUUACUCAGGUACAUACCAAGGCCUAUACUAAGACGUAUUAACUUGCCUUAGUUUUAGGUGCCUUCAAACAGUUUAAGGCUAUUUGAGAAUAUUCUUAAAAACGUCAGGUGACCUAUAGCAAUUUCAAGUGACUUUAGGGAAUCGAUAAAGCGACCCUAUACGGCUAGCAUGACCCAUCCUUGCGCAAUCAAAUCACAGUUUUCUCCGAGUUGACGAAAUCAGGUGAAAAAGGGGCAUGAAAGAGGUUGCAAUUAAAGGUAUUUGAAAAUAACUCGACUUUUAUUUUUGUAUACGUGGUUUUUAUCCACAUAAUUCAACUCAGCCCCAAAUGCCAAGUGUUGAGAGCAGUUCUAUAGCGUUGGGGCUCAGCUAGAACAGAACGCUGACAGAAAUAGGAGUUUAUUUAUUUUGGUUGUCAGGCAGGUCGUGUAAAAGCAUAGCUAAAACCUUUACCUACGUCUUCUUUUGCCUCUCGUUCUCUUCAUCUCCAUCUCUUCACCCAGCCCCAACCUUUCUUCCUCACGAAUGUACAGUAUAACUUUAGAAUACGGACAUUCCUCCUUUUAAUUUCGACUCAAAGUCCGUCGCGCUAGUCGAAAAAUAUCAACGGAAUUCUGGGAGUAAGUUGCACGAAAAAUUCGUGCAUUUCAUUCCCAGAUUUCUGCACGGCGUGCGAACAGCGGUUUUUUUUCCUUUUUUUCGCUGACUUCUCUAGACUCGCUCAACAGACUUCCCCGAAAAUAAGGGACUGCCCGUAGUCUAGUUUAACUGUUUCUACCUUUAACUGGCCGAGAAUAUUAGUUACGUUAUUUUAUGAAUUGACAGUCUUCACUUCAUUUUCCCUAGGUUGUCUGGAAGAAAACUAAAAAGAUUGGAGCGGCACAGCAAACCAGAAAAGAUGGAAGGCUUGUGGUUGUGAUUCGUUACUCUCCCGCUGGGAACUAUGUUACGGAGAAAGCUUUCAGAGAGAAUGUUUUACCCGCCCGAUCAGGACACGGAUUUAGUCACACGCUUUCUUCGUCAGCUCUCACUGCCUUCGUUGUUGCAUGCGGGGCUGUUUUGAAUUUUGUCUUUUGAUGUUUUCACCCUUAUUACGCUAUGUAGCAAGGAAUUUCAGUUUCUCAUCAGUAAAAAGAUGCAAUUUAAUUUUAAUACAUGUCGAGUGAAUUAAAACGCUGUUAUUUAUUGUAAGGGCAACGUUUGUUGUUCAGAAUUUAAAGGUAGCGGUCGGCUUUUUUUGCUGUUAGGAAUUGGCUCUAAAUUGGCUUCC